AUGCUUCCACCGAAUAAAGGUGAUCCCGAGAUUGAGAGAGUCGAUCAUGUUGAAAAACAAGAUGGAGACAUGCUUGCGCCAGCAAAGCCCACUCCGGAACAGAACAAUGUCGGAACCUUGCAACGUCGCCUAAAAUCCCGCCAUGUCCAGUUCUUAGCGCUCUCUGGCGCCAUUGGAACCGGUCUUUUUGUCGGCACGGGCCAAGUGCUCUCGUUAUCUGGACCACUGUCGAUGACCCUGGCGUUUGCGCUUGGCGGCUUGGAUCUCUAUGCCGUGAUUAACAGCAUGGGAGAGAUGGCCACUUGGCUGCCUCUGCCAGGUGCCGUCCCUAUCUACGCGGCAAGAUUCGUGGAUGAAGCCCUUGGCUUUGCACUUGGCUGGAAUUAUUGGUAUCAGUUUGCUAUUGGCGUGCCCAUUGAAAUCAGCGCUGCCGCGAUGGUCAUUGAAUACUGGCCGAACUCCGUGUCUCCUGCGGUUUGGAUCACGAUUCUUUUUGUACCCAUGGUCGUCGUCAAUAGCCUGCCCGUCCGGACCUAUGGCGAGGUAGAGUUCAUCCUGGGGGCGGUCAAGCUGACGACAAUCGUCGGCUUGAUGUUGCUCAUGUUGAUCAUCACUCUCGGCGGCGCACCCACCCACGAUCGGAUCGGAUUUCGGUAUUGGAACCAUCCCAUGGAGGAGUAUCUCAAGACUGGUGCGCUGGGACGCUUCCUGGCGUUCCUCAAGGUGUUUGUCCAGACGAUCUUCAGCUAUGGCGGAAGCGAGAUUGUCGUGGUAGCUGCCGGGGAAACGGAAAACCCACGACGAAAUAUCCCCAAGGCGGUGCGUCGUGUAUUCUGGCGCAUUACCAUAUUCUACGUUGGCAGUGUUUUCCUCGUCGGCAUGUGUGUCUCUGCUCGCGAUAACCGCUUGCUGAACGCCAUAAAAUCCGGCGCGAAGGGGGCAGGGGCUAGCCCUUUCGUGAUCGCGAUUCAAAACGGUGGGAUUCGAGCACUGCCGUCGAUCAUUAAUGCGGUCAUUCUGUCCUCGGCUGUGUCGGCUGGCAAUUCCUUCUUUUACGCCUCGACGCGGGUCCUUUACUCGACGGCGCUCGAUGGCAAGGCACCGCGGUUCCUUCGAUAUGAAAAGUUCGGGGUCCCGUAUGCCUGUGUCGCCAUCACCACCGCGCUGAGUCUCCUUGUGUAUCUCAAUGUGUCCUCGAGCUCCGCCGAGGUCUUCUUUUGGAUCAGUAACCUGAGUUCCGUCAGUACCUUGGUUGUGUGGACGGCCAUUGGGGUAACAUACCUCCGUUUUCACCGGGCGUUGAAGUAUCAUGGCAUUGCUCGGUCAAGUCUCCCGUUUAAAUCGCCAUUGCAGCCGUAUCUGGCAUAUUUUUCGGUCGUCUUCUCCUCUAUUAUGGCACUUCUGAACGGAUUUGAUGCCUUCUUCCCUGGCCACUUUAGUGCAAAGACCUUCAUUCCACCCUACAUCGCUAUCCCCAUCUUUGGAACCCUAUAUCUCGGCUACAAGCUUGUCAAAGGCACCUCUAUCGUCAAGGUAGAAGAAAUCGACCUGUGGUCCGGGAAAGAGGAAGCCGAUCGCCUGGAGGCAAUUUGGGAGCAACCGAAGCCACGCAAUUUCCUCGAACGAAUCUGGUUCUGGAUCGCAUGA